AUGAAUUGUUCGCGUGAAAUAUACGUGAUCCACACUUACAUACUGUCUGUAUUCAUACCAGAGAAGCAAACAAAGAGGAAAAUGGAGUUGAGGAUUGCAAAAGCUGAUCGUAAUGACUACUUAAGCAGAAUUCGCCUUUUUAAUCCUCAGUUUGGAAGCAUGACAUUAAAAAGAACUGUUCAAAAUAAGUUGAAUUUCCUAUUGGUUGGAGAUUGA